AUGGGCUCCGAAUCUAAAGUCGAGAACCCCUUCAUUCACCCGUUCCUCUUUACUUUCCAGCUUGUCCAGUGGUUGACGGGAAAGAUUCUCGCGCCCAAUCCUCCUGACCCGAGCACGGUUUUGGGAAGACCACGGAUUGCGGUUGUUGGAGCGGGUAUUACCGGUGUCACAUCCGCCGCUCACUGCAUUGGUCAUGGUUUCGACGUCGUUAUCUUCGAGGCGGGGGACAAGGAUAGUCUUGGUGGGAUAUGGAGUAAAGUGAACAACACCUCGAGCCUCCAAAUCCAUUCUCUCAUGUACCGGUUCCACCCAUCCGUCCAGUGGGAACGCGGCUAUCCCGACCGUCAGCAAAUCAUCAGCCAGGUGAAGCAGCUAUGGGAACGAUAUGGCCUUGACACGCGAACGAAGUUCAACACCAAAAUCGAGAAAAUGUAUCAAGAUGAAAAGGGCCGCUGGGUGCUGAACAAUCCCUCCAAUGGGACGUUCGAAGGUGUCAUUGCCGCUGUGGGAACAUGCGGUGAUCCCAAGAUGCCGAGUUUGGACGGGAUCCGAAAGUUCAAGGGCCCCGUAUACCACAGUAGCCAGCUGACGGGAAAGAAAGCGGCAGGAAAGAAGAUGCUGAUCAUCGGUGGCGGCGCGUCGGCCGUGGAAGCGCUCGAGUUCGCAUCCGAGGAGGGCGCGGAAAAGACGUACAUCAUCGCUCGCUCCGACAAGUGGAUCAUCCCUCGCAACCCGAUCGUCAACCUGCUCCUCUCACUCAAUAUCUUCGGGUACGAGACGAUCUUCUCUUGGAUCCCCGAAACACUGCUCAAGAAAUUCUUCUACCGCGACUUGCAGGACCUCGCACCGGACGACAAGGGUAUCUUCAUGGACACGCCCAUGGUCAACUCGGACGUCAUGGACAAAUUGCGCAGCGGCACGGCCGAGUGGGUGCGUUGCGACAUCGAAGGAUUUACGGACAAGGGCAUCAUCGUCAAUCGUCGCGAUAAGGGCGUGCCUCCGGGCGGGCCAGGACGAACGACGGUCAUCGAGGGCGACAUGGUCAUCAUGGCGACAGGGUUCAAGAGACCGUCGCUCAACUUUCUGCCCGAGGACAGCUUCGAGGAACCUUACGGCGCGCCAAAUUGGUAUCUACAAACCUUCCCGCCCAAGCACCCGUCCAUCUCCGCCAUCAACUGCACAUACCUGUCGGCAAUCGGAACAGUGGGCAACUGGCACAUCGGCAUCUACACUCGCAUCCUGCUCAUGUUCAUCACUGACCCUCUGACGCGACCGAGCACCUUUUGGAUGGAGCGAUGGAUCGACAUGACCAAGUUCCUCAAGAUGACUUCACCGACGGGGGCUUUCGACUUUUUCACAUAUCUUGAGCUUCUGUGGUGGUUCUUCUUCUGCGUUGCCUUCAACCCAUUUCGUUGGAAAUGGGCCAUUUUCGUCUUCUUCGGGAUAGGCAUUGGGCUGCCGAAGAGAAUCAUAGAGGCCGAACGUCAUGUCCGGAAUGGAAUGGGGUUGCGCCACGAGGAAGGGCGGGAUGUAGGGAGGAGCAUUUAG